ACCUCACUCAUUCCGUGAUUUGAUAAGAAGAAAAUUUGAUCUUACGGCUUCAAUGAAGGAGCCUUCCAUUUCUCUUCAAGAAAUCGAUUUCCAGUAAAGGUAGAUUUUAUUUUGGUAAAAAUGGAGGAUAGAGGAGAAUCGUUCGUGGCAGUGAGGAGGAUAUCGCAAGGAUUUGAAAGAGGGAAUAGUACUUGCCAUUCAUCUUCUGAGGUCAUGGCCGGAUCAACAGCAUGGCUUGGCAGAGGUCUUUCAUGCGUUUGUGCCCAGGGAACCGAUAUUGAUGCUCGUCCAUCAUUUGAUCUGACACCAGCCCAGGAGGAAUGCUUGCAAAAACUACAAAACCGUAUAGAUGUUGCAUAUGAUGGUUCAAUUCCUGAACAUCAGGAAGCUUUAAGAGCACUGUGGAAAGCUGCCUUCCCUGUGGAAGAACUCCAUGGUUUAAUAUCUGAGCAAUGGAAGGAAAUGGGUUGGCAAGGGAAGGAUCCAUCUACCGACUUUAGGGGUGCUGGAUUCAUAUCGCUGGAAAACUUGUUAUAUUUUGCGAGAAAUUUCCCGAAAUCAUUCCAGGAUCUUCUUCAAAAGCAGGAAGGUGAUAGGGCAUUAUGGGAAUACCCAUUUGCUGUUGCUGGUGUCAACAUCACAUUUAUGCUAAUCCAGAUACUUGAUAUAGAAGCUAUAAAACCAAAAAAUCUGGUAGGAGCAACUUUUUUGAAGUUUCUUGCCGAAAACGAAUCAGCAUUUGAUCUGCUAUAUUGUAUCACGUUUAAGCUGAUGGAUCAUCAGUGGCUCGCCAUGCACGCGUCAUAUAUGGACUUCAAUACAGUUAUGAAGUCCACUCGUCGACAAAUUGAAAGGGAGCUUUUGGAAGAAAACAUAAAACGGUUGGAGGAUUUGCCCUCAUACAGACUUCUUAAUUGAUAGGCAUGACAUUUUAUAGUGUUUUUGUUUUGUGACCAAAAGGGAAGUGAUUUUCUUGCUUGUUAUGAGUUUAGUUAGAAUUAGAUGCAUUUUGAUGGUAGGUUGUUGGUGUGUUUGUCUUUGUUAGAGGCGGAGAAAGUAAAUAACAGGCUUCUCCAGUGCAUGAUAUAAGUGUCACUUAAAAUUAAGUUUGAAGUUUGGGAUUUAUGGGAGAUUGUUAGAUGCCUAGUGAUUCUGCCACAUUUGGCGCUGACUUGUGGAGUCGUCAACAUCUUCAUUUUUGCCCCCACAUUUGGUAUAUGCCAUAAUAGGAGAAAAAAACUCCCAUUGUUCUCUUUCGUACUCAAUAGAUUCUCAGUAUCUAACUU